UUCAUGUUGUCAGUCGGCCUUCCUGCUUCUUCGCGAGCGGUUUGAAUGGCAGGUCUUACGUGUGUUGCGUGAUCGGUCUCUUAAACAUUCAAUUUAUGAAAAUUCAAUUUUCAGUGUUGUUUCUUCCAUUAGUAAAGAAAGGUGAUUAAGAAGAUGCACGUGUCUAAGGAAAUUAUUAUUGCGGUGCUGGCCAUUCAAAUGGUUUCCUCUGAAUCAGAAGGUCUUCCAAGAAUUUUGGGAGGAAUUGAAAACGUCGCUAACAGUGCUACUGCUUUCCUGUCAGGACUUUUGCAACGACAGAAAGAAUUGAUACACCGCGUUACGGACACGGCCUCUAAUUACAUUAACACCGCGGUGGAGACACCGAGAAAUCUUCUCAUCAACGCGACUAAACUCACCACUGGUUACAUUGACAGCGCAGCCUCGAAGGGUCUGGAGUUGAAAAUUCGAAGGUUCAUAGACAAACUUCGUACCAGAAUGCCCUAUGGGAUACCGGAACUUGGAAUCCCACCUUUAGAACCGUAUCGUCUUGAUGAACUGGACAUACAUGUAGACAAUUCGGACAUAGGGAACAUAUCCAUCGUUUUGGAGGAUAUCGUGCUGUACAACUUGUCGACCUUCAUAGUCAACAAGGCGAAACUAUCCUUGAUCGGACCAACGUUUGCGGCGAAUAUUUCUAUUCCGGAAAUAUACGCGGAGGGCCUUUACAAUAUAUCCGGAGUACUGGGGAACACAGUCGAUUUGAAAGGUGCUGGGUCUUUCAAAGCGAAUGUAUAUGAUUUCCAACUGUAUGUGAACAGCUUAUUGGGAUUUCACAAAGGAGUGUACUUGAAGACCUUUGACAUGGACUUUUCAUUGAGAUCCAUCGAUAUCAAUUUGGGAAAUUUCAUGGAUGAUGAUGAAUUGUCCGACGUCAUGAACAAGGUCUUUAAGGAGUUAACACCAAAGGUCAUAGAAGUUAUCAAGCCGGACAUACUUCCGGGUAUCCAGAGUUAUGUAGGUAGCAAAAUUAACGAGACCGUCCAUCAAAUUACCCUGAAGGACAUAAUUAGUGUGCUGGGCAAUAACGAAAUCCGAGAAUUUACGCAUAUUAUUCCGGUCUAAAUAUAUUUCUAAUGAAUUCUAUCAUUUGUAAAAAGUUUAAAAAAUAAUACCAACGAUAUUUAACUAUAUAUAUGUGUAGAUUUGGAUAUUUAAUAGAAGCAAAAUAAUUUUAAGAUUUUAAGAAUUUAUAGAAUUCAAUUUAGUAUGUUUUUAAUUUAAAGUCAAAGAUAGUCAUUUGUUUCAUUCUUUUUGAAAGAUCUUACAAAAUUUGUCAAUAGUUACAUUUUGAAAAAUUAUACUUCAAUAAAAUAGUCGUUGGGAGUAUUUAUUAAAUUAUGACUAUCAUAAAGUAGGUUCUUUAAAAAAUGAUUUUAGAUAUGAAAAUUUUGUUAUAUAAAAAUAGAAUUUCUUAAGGCAGCACAAACGUUGAUGUUUCUUUAAGUAUGCUUUUUUGAAGUAAAUCUUGUCUGUAUUUCUUACAAUUUUGGAGAUAUUUAGUGAUAAGUAGAGUGUGGUUCUUCAAUCUUGUAGUUUGUUAUAGAAACUUGUGUAAGUCUUUUAGUAAUGCUGUUAUAACGUUGUUCUGAAUGUUCCAACAUGUUUUUAAAAAUGUACUUUACUAUAUGGGAAAUAUACAAGUUCUUAUUACGUAUA